UAUUUACAUACAUUACAAUCUUCUACUAACUAUCAAAAAAAUGUCAUCUCUUAGCAGCAACAAAAAAGUAUCAUUCGGCAUCUCUUUAAUUUUUGUUUUGUUGGCAAUUUGUUCUGCAUUUCCUGGAAGACAUUCUAGUGAUUUUCAAACGCGUUUUUUCAUCCCCGAUUCUUCUUUGGCUGCCAAUCUUUUAGCUGGACCCCCACAAUUUGUGCCAGGUCCAUCAAUGCAUCAACCAGUCCUUGCUCUACGUCCACCUUUCAAACGUUAUUUUGAUUCUCUAGCUGGGCAAUCUCUUGGAAAACGAUCAGUCCCGCAAUUUGAAUAUAAUAUUGAAGAAAAGAGAAAAUAA